AUGGAUGCGUUUUUCCGUUGGCACUUCAAACAGAAGCUUCCGAAGCCCAAACGGGGCAGGCGGACGAGCGCUUCCGUUCCCGCCAGCAAGGCCCGCAGGCGUUCCAGCGCGGGCCUGCCGUCGGCCGGACUCGCCCAGCGCCGCAGGUCCAGCGCCCAGCUCCAGGGGCUCCACGUGGCCCUCGAGGACCCGCCGGGCCAGGCGGCGGGCCCCCCUGCUCCGCCCAGGCACCGCCGGUACGCUCGCAGGCGCUCCAGCUCCGGCACGGCCUGCCCGAACCCGCGCUUCUCCGUGCGGAGACGCAGGGCGGCCAAACUGCGCAACAUCCACACGCAGCUGCUGGGCCCGUCCAUGCUCCUGGCCAGCCUGGUGCAGAUGAGCGAGGAGGCGCAGUUGGACGAGGCGAGCGGGGGUCACGCCUCCUCUUGCUCUGAUUCGCAGGCUGACAGCAGCGACAGGGGCGGGGGCAGCGGCAAGACAGAGCCUGAUGAGGGCGUGUCCUGGCUGGCCCAGAGCCUGUUGGACGGGGAGAGUAUCCAUCCGCGCCCCCUGAUCCGCGCCCCGCGCUGCCUGCGCAGAAACUCCUCCCACCUGCUGCCGGCCGACGCCGUGUACCGCGGCCCCGCCUCCUACGGGCUGUACGGCCGUUACCGUAGGAACAGCCAGGUUCAGCGCCACCCCGGAUCGAAACUUGCCGGUCCCUGGGGGGCGAGGGUGGGUGUGGGCGUGGGCGGCCGCAGGAGUUCAGUGGGCGGGCAUAAGACCUCCAUGUCCCUGUACAGGAACUGCUCCGCCUGCUGGAAGCCCACGGGGAGGAGUGACUCCCUCAGCCCUCUGCAGGGGCCCUAUUACGACCCCCACAUAGACACAUGGAGUGCAUUCCUCUCGAAGGCCAUUGCGAAGUCGGGUCUGCAGCACCUGCCGGCCCAGCCCAGCGGUUCUGCUCUGGUCAAGUGUGACCUGGAGAGGGAGCUGAGGAGCACAGUGGACUGGAGUGAGACUGCCCUGUAUGGAGAGCACAUCUGGUUUGAGACCAACGUCUCUGGAGACUUCUGUUAUGUCGGAGAGCAGCACUGCAUCGCCAAGUCACUGCAAAAAUCUGUCACGCGGAAAAAAUGCGCUGCCUGUAAGAUCGUGGUUCACACCAUCUGUAUAGAGCAGCUUGAGAAGUUGUCUGACAGAGAAACCCAAGCGGAGUGGCUGGAUGACCUGCCGCACAAAGAUCCGUCAUUUCGAAUAAACUUUAGGUGUAAACCGUCUUUCAGGGAAUCAGGAUCCAGGAAUAUACGGGAACCAACCAUAGUGCGGCAUCACUGGGUCCACCGUCGGCGACAGGAGGGGAAAUGCCGACAGUGUGGGAAGGGCUUUCAGCAAAAAUUUGCUUUUCACAGUAAAGAGAUAGUGGCCAUCAGCUGCUCCUGGUGUAAACAGGCAUACCAUAAUAAAGUGACAUGCUUCAUGCUGCAGCAGAUAGAGGAGGCGUGUUCGUUAGGGGCUCAUGCUGCUGUUAUAGUCCCACCCACAUGGAUCAUACGUGUCCGCAGACCUCAGUCCUCAUUGAAGUCAAGCAAAAAGAAGAAACGGACCUCAUUUAAACGCAAAUCCAGCAAGAAGGGAGCUGAGGAGUCCCGCUGGAAGCCUUUCAUUGUUAGGCCUAUUCCGUCUCAGCUGAUGAAGCCGUUGCUGGUGUUUGUAAACCCAAAGAGUGGAGGGAACCAGGGAGCCAAAAUCAUCCAGUCCUUCAUGUGGUACCUUAACCCCCGCCAGGUGUUUGACCUGAGUCAAGGAGGGCCCAAAGAAGGGUUAGAAAUGUAUCGUAAAGUCCAUAACCUGAGGAUCCUGGCCUGUGGGGGAGAUGGAACGGUGGGGUGGAUACUGUCUACUCUGGACAAGCUGCAGUUGAACCCUCAGCCUGCUGUAGCUGUACUUCCUCUGGGAACAGGAAAUGACCUUGCCAGGACUCUGAAUUGGGGCGGGGGUUACACCGAUGAGCCUGUGUCCAAAAUCUUGUCCCACGUGGAGGACGGGAACAUCGUGCAGUUGGACCGCUGGAACCUCAUCGUCGAGCCGAACCAGGACGCCGGCCCGGAGGAAAGGGACGACCAGGUGACGGACAAGCUCCCCCUCGAUGUCUUCAACAAUUACUUCAGCCUUGGUUUUGAUGCGCACGUCACCUUAGAGUUCCACGAAUCUCGAGAGGCCAACCCUGAGAAAUUCAACAGCCGAUUCCGGAAUAAGAUGUUCUACGCCGGGACGGCUUUCUCGGACUUCCUCAUGGGCAGUUCUAAGGACUUGGCGAAACACAUCAAGGUCGUGUGUGAUGGUACUGAUCUGACAUCUAAAGUUCAGGAUCUGAAGCUGCAGUGCCUUGUGUUCCUCAACAUUCCCAGGUACUGUGCUGGCACCAUGCCCUGGGGGAACCCGAGUGAGCAUCAUGACUUUGAGCCCCAGCGCCAUGACGAUGGCUGCAUCGAAGUGAUUGGCUUCACCAUGACUUCACUGGCCACGCUGCAGGUUGGGGGACACGGCGAGAGACUGAAUCAGUGUCGUGAGGUCACUCUGACCACGUACAAAUCCAUUCCCAUGCAGGUGGAUGGAGAGCCGUGUAAACUGGCCCCCUCUGUCAUCCACAUCUCUCUGAGAAACCAGGCCAACAUGGUACAGAAGACCAAACGACGCACGUCCAUACCGCUGCUCAACGACCAGCAGCCCUUCCCGGAGCGGUUACGGAUCCGUGUGAACCGGAUCAGCAUGCACGACUACGAGGCUCUUCACUACGACAAAGAGAAACUCAAAGAGGCCUCAAUCCCUCUGGGCCUCAUCGUUGUCCCGGGCGACAGCGACCUGGAAACCUGCAGGGCGCACAUCGAACGACUACAGGAGGAUUUCGUCUCUCUCCAACCAUCUUUCCAGCGAGUGCCCGUGCAGGAGGGCGAUGGGACCAAGGCUCGAACCCUGUCCUCACAGAGACUCUCCCCAAAGUGGUGCUUCCUGGACUCAACAACUGCAGAUCGCUUUUACAGAAUCGAUCGUGCUCAGGAGCACCUGAACUAUGUGACAGAGAUUUCGCAGGACGAACUCUUCAUCCUGGAUCCUGAGCUGGUUGUCACGGAGACGGUCAGCACGUCUCCGGGGAUGCCCGACCUGGUGGACACAUCGGGGGAGUUGCCCACGUCUUCUCGCAAGUUCGCUUUCCCAUCCUCCUCCUCCUCUCCGCCCUCCUCCCCCGGGCCGAGGGUUGUGGAGCUGCAGAAAGGCUCUCAGAGGAAGAGGGUGUCCAGUGACAGCUCUGUGACUGAAGCCCUCGCUCACAGUGAUUCGCUCAGAUCCUCCAAGCCUGCCCUCCACAGGGCGGGAGGUAUACAUCGUUCUCAUACAACCGCGGCAGAUUUCAAACCUUCUCUCAGCAGGUCAGAGAAGGACGCCUUGUGUAACACAGACAAAGUAUCAGCAGAUGCACUAAUUGAAUGUGUGAAGAGCAGAGACCACCGGAGGCUGAAGGAGCUGCAUAACCUGGGUGGGGACCUGACGAUGCGAGAUUCCUCCGGGCGGACUCUGCUCCACCACGCCGUGGACGUGGGCAGCAAAGAGGUCGUCAAGUACAUCAUCGAUAAUGCACCUACCGAUAUCUUGGAUGUAACAGAAAAAGAACAUGGGGAGACAGUCUUGCACAAAGCUGCCUCGUUAUGCCAGAGGACGAUCUGUCACUACCUGGUGGAGGCAGGAGCCUCCUUAAUGAAGACGGACUUACAGGGUGACACGCCAAGGCACCGGGCGGAGAAGGCCAAGGACGCGGAGCUGGCAGCCUACCUGGAGAACCGUCAGCACUACCAGAUGAUCCAGCGUGAAGAUCAGGAGACCGCCGUUUGACCUCUGACCC